CCGGUCUCCUCAUCCAGAUCGCAGAGCCCGAAGCGAAACCCAGAAACCAGAUCCCCAAAUCUCAAAACCCUAGCGCCGGCGAUCCCGAAGAUGGUGAACCCGAAGGUGUUCUUCGACAUGUCGGUGGGCGGCGCCCCGGCGGGGCGGAUCGUGAUGGAGCUGUACGCGGACACGGUCCCCCGCACGGCGGAGAACUUCCGCGCGCUGUGCACGGGCGAGAAGGGCGUGGGCAAGUGCGGCAAGCCGCUGCACUACAAGGGCAGCAGCUUCCACCGCGUCAUCACCGACUUCAUGUGCCAGGGCGGCGACUUCACCAAGGGCAACGGGACCGGAGGCGAGUCCAUCUACGGCGAGAAGUUCGCCGACGAGAAGUUCGUCCACAAGCACACGGGCCCCGGGGUGCUCUCCAUGGCCAACGCGGGGCCCAACACCAACGGGUCCCAGUUCUUCAUCUGCACCGUCAAGACCCCCUGGCUCGACGGCAAGCACGUCGUCUUUGGACAGGUCGUCGACGGGCUCGACGUUGUCAAGGCCAUCGAGAAGGUGGGAUCCGGCAGCGGCAAGACCUCCAAGCCCGUCGUCAUCGCCGACUGCGGCCAGCUCUCUUAGAUCUGACGCGUCUCCUUCGCCGCCGUCUCCGUCUUCAUCGUCGUCGUCGUCGUGUCGUUAAACAAAAUAAGAUCCGAGUCUCGCGUGUCGCUAUCGUGUCUGUGUGAGUGAGUCUGAUGAGAUCUGGGUUUAGGUUGGGCUUCGGGCCAUAGGGGUCCGUCUGUGUCAUCCGUCUGGCUCUGGAAUCUUUAUCUAUUGUCUUCCUUCCAUGUAUCCUGCUGCUGCUAUGAGAAACUUUCGACUUGCUGUCUUUGUGUCU